AUGACCCUUACGAUAUCCUCUGGUGACCGGAGGGCAGCCAGCGGAGAGGGUAAAAUGAUUGGUGGCAUACUACAGACCCGGCAGCCUCCAGCAAGAGACCAUGCUACGCCAGACGCUGCGCCGCAGAAGCCUUCCAGGCAGAUAUCGCAGCAACCAGGCAACAACCGGGGUGCAAGCGAAGGGGAGAGACACAGUAUAAACAGUCAAGAUAAGCCAUCGCUCUCUAGCGAGAAGGAUGACAACAACACCCCCAGACCAAAACCACUCUCGACCAUGGCUGGCAGACCAGUUUCGCCUCUUCCCCUGGGAUCGUUGAGUCCCAGUCGAGCAUCAGUAUCUCCUCAUAGAGCAAGAAAUGCGUACAUGACUCCCACUUCGCCAAGUCGACAGCUAAGUCCACACUCGAUGCACUCGCCCGCGUCGUCCCAGAUCUUCGAGAGAGACGUCCAGGAGGAUUUCCCUACCCAGACGUCGCCUUCCAUCCCGUCCCACAUCGUCACGGAGAACCACAUACCCCCUAUCCUCGAGGCGUCUUCCGCAGCUCUGACAGACAAGCAGUUUGAUCCAGACUCGGUUGAGAUAGUGACCCAUAACCUGCAUCAGCCAGCCUCGUUUGCGGUCGCCGGAACAGGGGCUGCAGCCUCCCAUGGUGACCGCUCCCUCGCCUCGUCGUUUCAUGAGCACGCCUGCCCACAGAGCCCCUGCGACCCAGAGACUGCCUCGACAAACGGCGCUCUCGAUACUGCGGAUAUCCGUCGUCUAAGCUUCGUCUCCUUUGCCGACCUUGUCCACGGUGAGCAGGUAGAAUCCUACGAGCACGCAUCAAACAGGGACUCCCAAAUAAUGGGCGGACUAGCCGCGCUUUCCAUGCCCCCAACUACGAACAACAACCGGUCUCCCUCACCCAUGCGCUCGCCCGCCUCCUCUCACGGACCGGCAAGCUCGCCACCCACCAGUGUCUCGCCGGGUGAGCCAAGAGGACUGGAUUCCUCUCCGAGCCGUGGAUCUCAUGUACAGCGUAGCCCUCCGCCUUAUCCCCAUAGCCCGUCUGGAUUGCUCAGCAGCGAUCUGAACGUGGAGACCAUGACACAGGCCUUGCGCCGCACUGGGAGCGGAGACAUGGGCUCCUUUAGAAACCCACCAUUAAGUGCAGCUGCAAGUGACACGGCUUAUGAACGACCCUUUAAGUGA